AUGUCUUCCAACUCUCUUGAACAGCUUAAGGCCGCCGGCACCACCGUUGUCACCGACACUGGUGAAUUCGAGUCCAUCGCCAAGUACAAGCCCCAGGACGCCACCACCAACCCCUCUCUGAUCCUGGCCGCUUCCAAGAAGCCCGAGUACGCCAAGCUCAUUGACGAGGCCGUUUCUUUCGCCAAGACCAAGUCCUCCGACCCCAAGGAGCAGGUCAACAUUGCUCUGGACCAGCUGCUCAUCGAGUUCGGCUCCGAGAUUCUCAAGAUUGUCCCCGGUCGAGUCUCCACCGAGGUCGACGCCCGACUCUCUUUCGACAAGGACGCCACCAUCAAGAAGGCUCUGCAGCUCAUUGACCUCUACAAGGCCAAGGGCAUUUCUUCUGACCGAAUCCUCAUCAAGAUCGCCUCCACCUAUGAGGGUAUCCAGGCUGCCAAGGAGCUCGAGUCCAAGCACGGUAUCCACUGUAACCUGACUCUUCUCUUCUCCUUCGUCCAGGCCGUUGCCUGUGCUGAGGCCAAGGUCACCCUCAUCUCUCCCUUUGUUGGCCGAAUCCUCGACUGGCACAAGGCCGCCACCGGCAAGACCUACGACGCUGCCGAGGACCCCGGUGUCAUCUCCGUCAAGAACAUUUUCGACUACUACAAGAAGUUCGACUACAAGACCAUUGUCAUGGGUGCUUCUUUCCGAAACACCGGUGAGAUCAAGGAGCUUGCUGGCUGUGACUUCCUGACCAUCUCCCCCGGUCUGCUUGAGGAGCUGCUCAACUCCACCGACCCCGUCCCCCAGAAGCUGUUCGCCGACAAGGCCAAGUCUCUGGACAUUGAGAAGAAGGCCUACCUCGACGAGGAGCCCAUCUUCCGACGAGACUUUAACGAGGACCAGAUGGCCACCGAGAAGCUCUCCGACGGUAUCCGAAAGUUCGCUGCUGACGCCGUCACCCUUUCCAAGCUCAUUGAGACCAAGCUCUCCGCUUAG